GGGGAUAAGAUAAAAUAAAAUCAUAUAUCUCACUAUUAACACAUAUUAUUUUCAGGUCUUGCUGGGUAGUUGGAGAGAUAUCGACUUGGAAACAACUGUCCCUAAGUCGAGUUGCUCCUAACCAAGAUGGCUAAGUGGUAUCUUAUGGUAUUGUUGCUCUUACCGAUAUGCAGAGCAGAUAUCGUGCUGAAGGAAGAAGGUUACUUAAAAUUGCCAAACAGAGAUGGUGCCCAAGAGAUUGACAGUGGAACGGCAACUGAAAGUGCUUAUGAUAGCAACUCCAGAUUCUUAUAUGUUGUCGGUAAAUUUUCAAGAGUGUUACACGUCAUCGAUGUAGCUAAUGUUGCGUCACCUGCUGUACUACAAACAUUUACUUUUGAUACGGGAACUGAUGGCUAUCCACUCGACAUUCAAGUAUGUCGCAAUCAAGCAGAAAAUAGAGCUUACGUUGCCAUUGCGUUUGGUGAACAAGAUCCAUCUAAACAAGGCCAUGUUAUCUUGUACUCGCCGUAUAUAAGAGGUGAAACUGCUUUAAAGCCCAUUAAUGCUCCAGAUGAAAGAAUAACAGUGGGUAUUGAUCCAGACAACAUCAAAUUUACAUCUGAUUGUAAUAAAUUAGUUGUAUCUAAUGAAGGUGUAGCUUCUGUCAUCAGUGGAGAAUUCAUUGAUCCACCAGGAACCAUCAACAUUGUUACGAUUCCUUUAACUGGUAACCCUGGUGUCAAAACUAUAGAGUUCACAUAUAUUGAUGAUCCAGCUGAGACUGACCGUCUGUUGGCUUUAGGUGUACGCUACAUGGUACGAACCAAUCCAGUACAGCCAGGUGUCCAGAAUCCCUUUUCUAACAAUAUUGAACCUGAAUAUAUCGCCGUUUCCCCAAAUAAUGCUUACGCUUAUAUUACACUACAAGAAAACAAUGCCAUUGCUAAAGUUGAUCUGAUAGACGAUAAUCCAGCAACAAUAUUUCCUAUGGGUUGGAAAGACUUUCAGUUUUCUACUUUAGAUUUGAGCGAUAGAGAUGCAUCUCCCAAUGUACAUAUGAAAAGAAGAAGAGUUCGUGGAUUAUACCAACCAGAUAAAAUUUCCUUCUUAGAAUGGGGCAAUAAAUUAUAUUUACUCACAGCUGACGAAGGAAAACCUUUCAACUUGCCCGGAGCUUCUUUUGCUGAUAACGCUAGAGCCAGAGAUUUGGAAAAUGAGUAUAGCUUCCCCUGGGACACAAAUAACCAAUUUUUAGCUUCAGUACUUGAUGAUACCCAAUUAGGAAGAGCAAUUGUCAGUUUACAAGAUGGUAGAGUAGGUCAACAGAUAACUGAAAUAUACACAUUUGGUGGUCGAGGAUUUUCAAUCUUUGACAGCAACACAUUGACUAGAGAAUGGGAAAGUGGUGAUAUGAUAGAAAAAUUCUCCAGAUGGUUCUACCCUGAUGUGUUCAAUUCUGGUUACACUGUUCCAAACUUUACACCAAUAGACGAAAGAGAUACUCAAUCACCUUUUGGGGGACCAAGUAUAAACUCGUUGGCUAUUGGUACUUUUAAAGGAAGAACCGUCUUAUUCUUUGGUAGUGGACAAAAUGGUCAGAUAUAUACUUUCCAACUACAAGCCUCAGUCACUGAAAGAGUAGAACCAGAGUUCCAGAGUGUCCACAGAAGAGGUCAAAUUGAUGGUACAUGGACUAAUCUAUAUUCACGAGGUGUAAUGGGUGAUAUUGGUAUAAGUGAUUUGAUUGUUGUUCCGGAGGCCGAGAGCAAUGUAGCUGGUACUCCUAUUCUGAUCGCUUUAUCCGAGAGAAGUGGUAGUGUAUCUAUCUACACAUUGAUAGAUCAACAGUUCCCGUUGAAUGUGUGUUCCUCACCACCAUCUCCAUUCAAAAGCAUGAACCACCAUAAUCGAACACGCCCACUGUUUUAAAGACUUCUAAAUUGAAAAAAAAAUGUUUUUAUACAAGUAUUAUUUUCUUCAUUUCAAAUAAAAUAGAAUGAGGGUCA